UAAAGCUCUAGAUCUGUUGUUCUGUCGUCAAGUCAGUUUUCCUGUUUGUGUCGACAUCCCCGAGUCGGUUAGCGUGACGUCGGUCGCCGUCACAUGAAAAUCUUCCUUUUUAGGACCAACUCGGGAUAAACCAAUGUUUUCAUUUCCUUAGCUGUCCGUUGCUGUCCUGUUUCCUUGAGCUCGAUGUUUAGAAUUUCGUUGUCCAAGGUUCCAUUGUCUCGCCCUGUCUUCCCUUCUAUUCAAAAUGCUCAGAGUAGAACGGUUGCUACAACAGUGAGGUGUAACGUUCCGCGGAGGGCUGACAUUCCGAGUCCAAGAGGCAAGAUAUCUACGCCGCAAGACUUUCUUAAAGCCAUUGGUCGUUCUUCAGAGACCAAAAUAACCAUAGACAGCUGGGACGCGUUCUGGCGUACAUCAGGAUGGGAUAUGAAGAAUGCUGGUUUGAGCAUCCAAGACCGGAGGUAUAUUCUUUGGUGCAUGGAAAAGUUCAGGCAGAAUCAACCGAUAGAAGGGUUUGCCCAUGAGGAGAGACCCAAGAAGAAAAUACGGGGUCGAGGUCCCGCUGUUCAAUUCGGAAAGCGUAUUCGCUCGCGGAGAGAUCGGUAGUUCCGUACCGUACUUCAGCAUAAUACCGCUCAGAUCUUUUCUUCAUUACACGCAUAUUCUGAAUUAUUUGACGACCUUUGUUUAAAUCGCGUUCAAAUCGCUGUCAA